GAUUUUUUCUGCAGUGGUAAUACUUCAAGGGAUCCCUGCCUUGUCAAACAAUAUUCCUCCAGAUUCUCCAGCUGAAACUUUGUUCAAUAAAAUGACACAUAAGUUAGAAUCCAAGGAGUGCAGAUUUGAAUUUGCUGAUGGGUUUGUUGCUAUUGGUGCCUUUAAACAUCACAGACUUGGGCGAAAUCCACCUGAGGACAAUGCUAUCUCAGUGUCUCUUGGAACAGUAGGGCAAUGCCAGACAUUUUCUCGGUGCCAAGUUAAAGGACAGGUUGUCCAUAGCUUAAGUUAUAAGCGUGUUGUCAAAAGAAACAAUUUUACAGUGUCUUACAUUAACACACAUGGGAUCAAUAGUUAUGGCCAAGUUGCAUUUUUUUUACAGAAUGUUCCAAUCUGUGAUAGCUCAUGCAUAAGCAACUGUAAUGUUCACAAGGCAUCUUAUUGGGCUGUAAUUCUUAAGCUCCAAAGGCUAGAGGAAGCCCAUUUACAAUUGAACUUUGACCAAGAGGAAUCAGAUCCUCCAGUUAGAGUAUUCCAUCCAGAAAUGUGUCUGGUUAAAACUUGCUCAGAAGCCACCGAGGUUGUCCCCAUAUCUCAGAUAUUGGACGUACUGAUGUUUAUCAAUUUUGAUUGUAAUUAUGCUUAUGUUUGCCACUCACCGAACAAAAUAGAAAAGGAUUAAAACUGAAUAAUAAUAUAAAUUAUUCUAGCAUAUAUCUAUAUUAGAGCACUUUUUUUAAAUAGACAAUAUUAUUUUAUUUUAGCUAGCUGAAUA